AUGGCUAACAACGCCUGUAACGACGACAUAAGCGUUAGGAAAUUCUACAAAGAUAAAUUCGCACUGGUGAUCGAUCUGAGAGCUGUUGAUGACAGUCACAUUGUUGGAAGUGGAAAAAAGAUCCUUGGUGAUAAUCCCGGAAUGCUUCUGGAGAUCGAAACAGUCGGUCAUUCUGAAGAUCUCCUCUGUAACAUCUUUGUGCUAUCCGAUGGACUCAUAAACAUCAGUGAAAAGACCCUUCAGGGUAUCAGUUACUAAAUAAAGGAUGGAACCGCUAAAAACACCAUUCAACAUGAUCAUUCUUGGAAUGACCGGAUGUGGAAAAACCUACUACCUACUGGAAAUGUUGGAGAAUAACUACAAAAACCACUUCGAGUACAUAUUUCUAAUAUGUCCCACAUAUAAAUGGAAUAGAACGUAUCAGGACUGGAAAUACAAUAGGGAUAAGGACUUUAUGGUCAUGUCCUGCAAGCAGGAUGAUGUAAACCAGUACUUAGAAUACGUUUCGCGGUUUGUGGAAGGAACAAACAGCCUUGUCGUUCUUGAUGACUGUGCUAGCAGUCAAUCUAUCAAAAACAGGACUAGCGAAUUGGUAAAACUUGGGUUUAGCGCCAGACAUAUGGGAAUAUCAACCAUUGUCAUUACCCAACAGCUUACAUCCGUUGCGAAACCCUAUAGAGAAAAUAUAUCCAAACUCGUAACCUUUUACAACCCGAGCGCAAAAGAUACAAACAUUAUAAUGGAUGAUUACCUCGCAAAUACAGAGAAAUAGGAAAGGAAGGAAAUCAUUAAUACGCUAAAAAACAACGACUACGCCAGACUGGAGAUACUAUUACGCCGACCCUAUACCCACAAAACAAUUAUUCCGCAUAUUAAAUAAAGAAAUGGAAACCAUAUUCGAAUCUGUAGAACCUGAGAUGACCGAAACAUCUGUUGCAAGUGGUCUAAGAGAAAAUCUACUGAAGCUGGCCGAUGCGGGUGAAAUCAAGUACACCUCAAAAUAUAUUAAAAAGGCAUCUGAAAAGACGUUGGAAAAUAUAUACAAAGACUAUGAAAGACAACAGCUGGAAAACACAAACAACCAACUGACUGACGUUAUCAUCACCAAGUUCUCCGAACUCAUGGAAGCGUUGGAUGCUGUCAAGGAUUUCGAAGGAAUGAAAAAAGAACUGGAGGAAAAUGAUCUGCUUAGAAAAGAUAUAAAAAACCUUGUUAGUUAUGUAACACCAUACAUUCCACUUAUCGGAAUACUAAGUGGUGGAAUCACCGUCGGAAAACACGUGAUCAGCUCGAAGGUAAGCUGUCCGGAAAAAGGAGAAAAUGUCGAUGCUCCUUAA